AUGUAUGAAUCAGCACUUUUUAUAAGGGGGCACUUGAGAAAAACCGCAGGCGCAGGAACUUUGAAGCUGGUGAAUAAUUAUGGCGCUUUUCUUUUUGACUCAAUAACCUACGAAUUAUGUGGUACAGAAGUGGAAACUGUUAAAGAUCCAGGACUUGUAUCACUAAUAAGAGGAUUUUUGUGCUAUGAGAAAGGGGAUAAAAGUGAAUUAAAUGAAGCUGGAUGGAAUUUUCUUGAUGAACCAUUGCAAAAUGAUGAUGGUACAUUUGCUAUACGUAUGCCCCUCAAACAUUUGCUCAACGUGUUUAAUGAUUACCCGAAAGCAAUGUGUGGAAAACAGGUGAUUCGGUUAAUUAGAGCUCGUAACGAUAGCAAUUGCAUGAUAAUCACAGCAGGAACAGGUGAGCAGAAUGGAGUGACAAAGGGGCAAAUUACAAUCAGCGAUAUAGAGCUGAGAGUUAAACAUGUGCAUCCAAAUGAUGAGAUUAAACUCAAUCUACUAUCCAUGAUAAAAAGCGAUAAACCUAUCUUACUUCCAUUCAGGAAAUGGGAAGUCCAUUGUGGCGGCUUCUCAUAA